AACUACAAUGAAUGAUGUUAAAGUUGCAGUUCUGGGAGGAGAGGGGGUCGGUAAAUCAGCUCUGAUUGUGCGGUUUCUAACCAGGAGAUUUAUCGGAGAGUAUGCUUCAUCAUCAGAGUGCAUAUACAGAAAACGUAUGUCCGUUGAUGGAAGGCAGCUGAACGUGGAACUUUAUGACCCCUGCUCUCAGCCCUGUGAUGGAAAGUCUACUCUGAAUGAACAGAUCCACUGGGCUGAUGGAUUUGUGGUGGUAUAUGACAUCAGCGACCGCUCAUCCUUCAUCACCGCCACAGCCAUUGUGCACUUGAUCCGUGAGCUCAACCUCGGUGUAUCCAAACGAGACACUGAGUCAGUGGUUUUCCUGGUGGGCAACAAGCAGGACCUGUGCCACAUGCGUGAGGUGAACAAGGAGGAAGGCCAGAGGCUUGCGACAGACGGUCACUGCCUAUUCUACGAGAUCUCCGCUGCCGAGUGCUACCAGGAGGUGGCACUCAUGUUUACCAAGUUGGUGCGCAAUGCCAGCCUGGGAGGCAAAGCCAAAGAUCGCCGGCGUCGGCCCAGCGGAUCCAAGUCUAUGGCUAAACUCAUCAAUAAUGUGUUCGGAAAGAGACGGAAAUCUGUCUGAGUGCAUUAAAAAAGUGACAAGGACAUUGAUGGUGCAAUGAUGGAAAGAUGGCCUUGGGUUUGGCAUUUUUCUUAAAGGUCAAGAAAAAGCACUAAAGCUCUAUUUGGAUGAGA